AUGACCGAUUAUGGGGUGGUCUGUGCGGACUAUAAAUAUGGCCUCUACAGUCGGAAUCAGUGUGGAAGUCCGAGUACGAAGAUGAUCGCCGUUCUUUUCCUCGCAGCCCUCGUUUUUGUUGGAUCCAGCGAAGGAGCACGUGGUCCUUGCGACUUUCCGAUUGAUCCCGGAAUGUGCAUGGCCUACUUCCCCAGUUAUGGUUACAACAGUGAAACCCGUCGCUGCGAGGAGUUCGUCUACGGCGGUUGCGGUGGCAACGAAAACAGGUUUGACAGCCUGGAUGAAUGCAGAAGCAUGUGCGAACAUCGUCGAAUCCGAGGCCUUUUUUAA